AUGAAAGUUCUUGUACUCGGAGUUACAGGAUUUAUUGGGUGGCCCACGGCCCAAGCGCUCAGUAGAGCAGGCCACACAGUCUAUGGGUUGAUUCGCAAGGAGUCCCAGGCGCAGGCCCUGAAAGCUGCAGAAAUCAUCCCCGUCUUGGGAGAAGCCUCGAAGCCGGACGCGUGGAUAUCCAUCAUCCGCUCCAUUGAUGUUGUCGUCGAAUGUAUCGGUGGCCCCCAAAUCCUCGACGUAGGGCCGUCAGUCUACGAAGCUAUCACCGCUGCCGCUCGCGACCUCCGACCGAACUCCAUCCCGAAACUCUCCUACGUCUACACUAGCGGCUGUUGGGUUCACGGCGACGAUCGCGUCAACCUCGUCUCCGACACCUCCCCUCUAUCAGUUGCUCCCUCUCUCGUAGCCUGGCGUCAAGAGUUCGACCAAAAGAUCAUCAAGAACGAGAUCUUGAAUGGUAUCGUGGUUCGACCCGGUAUGUUGUACGGGUACUCGGGUUCAUUGUCGGCGACCUUGUUCGAGAAGGCGGAGACGGGAAAGGUAGAAUGGUAUGGAAAGCCUGGUGGACGUGUUUCGUUAAUUCAUCCGGAUGAUUUGGCGGACCUUUAUGUCAGGGUUGUGGAGAAAUCGAUGCUGGUAGGAGGAAUGGUCUUCGAUGCGGCGAACGAUCAGACGGAGGGAUUGGACGAUGUCUUUGAGAGGAUAUUCGUCUUAGCGGGAGUGAAGGGUUCAGUCAGUUAUGCAGACCCAUCCAACGAUUGGGAAAGAGCCCUUGCGAGCACAGUCCUUAUGAGACCCUAUCUUGCGAAGACGCUGCUCGGGUGGCAACCCAAGAAGCUGGGUUUCGGAGAUGGGCUGUCGAUCUACUAUGAGGCCUGGAAGACGUCGGGGCGUCAAUUAUCUGGUUUGUUUGGUUGAUUGGUCUCUUCACUGCUGUGUGGCGCACCCUUUCUACUCUUCUAUAUGAUCGUAUCUGCUUCAACAAAUGCAUUUCCG